AUGACUAAAGCAUCGUGUGUGAAUAAUCGAUCGAAACCAGUUUUACGGGCGUUUUAUCGAGAAUGGCAAAUAAAAAUUAGUCGAUUAAAGUUCUUGCACCUUAUUGCGGUACUUCUAUUGGUUAAGAAUGCAUGCUCUGGACUGCCGAUAUCAUUGCCGAUACAAAAUAUUGGUUCACUACGACAACAACUACUUUUCAAAAUAAAAGUGGAUUUAAGAGCCGAUUUGUGGGAUGAUUUCGUGAUGUUGUCCGGUGAGGACAAUAUAACAAGGACGCAGAAUAUCAUGGCAAUCUCAGACGACUACUAUUUGAUCGAUCUUGGCAUCGGUGUACCUAGUAAGUUCGACACUUCGGCUAGCUUGAGCACUGUGAAUGCUGAUUUCAAACCUUAUGUUACGGAAAUACCAGCCAAUGUGGCAUACAGCUUAGUACUGCAGCAGUAUCGCUAUUUCCACGAUAUCAUACGGAAGAUUACAUGUUUUUAUAUGGACUGCACUACUAUUGAAGCCUGCAAAUAUUCAGCAAAAUCAAAUGUCUUACAGAAAAAGAGAUAA